UUCACUAUUUUAGGUGUAAUUCUUCUCCCACCACACUUUAUCCUUCUCUUACCCUCUCUUCCUUUCCUCACCAUUGAUACAAUUUCUUUCUCUCUCUCUCCCUUCUUUAUCUCUUUCUAUAUAUUCAUUUAUGUGGUAUGCACCGGAAUGAUUGAACCGAAAAGUUGAUUUUGGAGAAAAAAACAGAGCGAGAGGAAAAGAGAGGGCCUUUCCAGCCCUCUGCUUGCAUAUGCCUCUCCUCAGAUCUUGAAUUUUGCCCGCUUGUCAUCUGUCUUCGCCCUUUGGGAGUGAUUUUGGAUUGUAUAGAAAAGUGGGUUGCGAAAAAGUGAACUUUUUGUGAAUUCUUUCUUUCUGUUUAAAGGAUGGCAAUGGAGCCUGGAAAAUUGUUUGUUGGAGGGAUUUCAUGGGACACCAAUGAGGGCCGUCUCAAAGAGUAUUUCCAAACAUUUGGAGAAGUAGUUGAGGCAGUCAUCAUGAAGGAUCGUGCCACAGGCCGUGCCCGCGGUUUUGGUUUUGUUGUUUUCGAGGAUCCUUCUGUUGCUGAAAGUGUUGUCAGAGAAAAACACAUGAUUGAUGGCAGAACUGUAGAGGCAAAGAAGGCUGUACCUAGGGAUGAUCAACACAUGAAUAGAAAUAGCGUAAAUAUACCAUCUUUUCCAGGUUCCAUCCGAACAAGAAAGAUUUUUGUAGGAGGUUUGGCCUCCUCAGUGUCCGAGAGUGACUUUAAAAAGUAUUUUGAUCAAUUUGGGACAAUCACUGAUGUUGUAGUGAUGUAUGACCACAACACACAAAGGCCUAGAGGUUUUGGGUUCAUCACUUAUGAUUCGGAGGAAGCAGUAGAUAGAGUUCUGCACAAAAUGUUUCAUGAACUUAAUGGGAAAAUGGUUGAAGUCAAGCGAGCUGUUCCUAAGGAGUUAUCACCGGGACCAAACCGGAGUCCAUUAAGUGGAUAUAACUCUGGUUUGAACAGAGUAAACAGUUUCCCGAAUGGAUACACUCUAGGUCACAGUCUAAGUUCACUAGGAGGUUAUGGAGUAAGAAUGGAUAGAUUUAGUCCAACUGUUGUUGGUCGUAGUGGAUAUUCAUUGUUUAACCUGUCAAACUAUUGUACAAGACCGACUCUAAACUCCCCAUUGAAUUCAAACUUUGCGGAAACUGGAAAUUUGAGUUCUAAUAUUGGAUAUGGGGGUGCUCUAAAUUCCUUUAGUGGUGGGCUACCAAAUAGGUACAAUACGCUAAUUGGUAAUGCUUCAGGGGGGAUUGGAAGUGGUUCUGUGUUGAAGUCAGCAUCUUGGAACCUGUGGGACAGUGAGAAUCUUAGUUAUAGCACUAAUUCUGCCAACUUUGUUGGCUCAGGAAGUGGGAACAGUGGAUUGGCUGCUCCCUUUGGAGGUCUUGGAACAAUUUGGGGUACCUCCUCCAUUUCAAGUCAAACUGGAAGGAAUGGUUCUUUUGACAGUGACAACUUCACUUACAACAAUGGAGGCAGUAACUUUGCUAGUGGGGGAGGAUAUGCACAAAAUAGUGGUAAUGGUCCUAGUGCAAUAUCCUCAUAUGCUGCAACAGAAAAUGUUUAUAGCAGGGAUUUGGGAAACUUGUAUGGGACUGGAAACUGCUCAUUCUUUGAGGAUCCAACACCGCAUUCAUCAUCUCCAGGGCUUGAAGUUUCUGGUUCUUUUGGUUAUGGGCUUGAAAGUAUAUCCUCAGAUGUUAUGCCUAAUAACUCGCGUGGUUGUGUUGGUGGUUAUACUGUUACAAAUAGAUCGAAUGGAGGAAUUGCUGCUUAGGAAAACACCUGUAUGGAGGUGAAACGCCCCUUGGACAUCAAAUGCUACCUGUGGGGUUGAAAGUACAGUUUGAAGAAGUUAAGGGUUGCAAAUUGCAACCACUCGUGUUUGUGCAGAUAAAUACUUCAGGCUAGAGGUUUGAACAUCUGCAAUGGAUCGGAUUUUCCAUCAAGGUUUGAACUUUAGAGCUUUUUCUUUGACAUAGGCUGAGAUUUAAAAUCGAAUAGUGAAUAUACUUGAAAUGGGAACUUCUUUGCUCGAUGACACUAUACUUGUCGCUUUGUUAGAGGUAUACGGGAGAGGUACAGUUCUACCAAGCAUAGAGUACGGCGCCAUACAGGCGUGGUAGAAUUCCCGACUUAAAUUAUUGUACGUACCAUCUGUAUGUAUGCAUAUGUGAUGUAGUUAGAUAGAGAAGUGUAAUAUUCCUUUUCUUUUUUGCUUUCAUGGGAUUCUUCUACUUUUGUUCUUCUGCUGUAAUUUUGCUGGCUGCAAGUUUGUUGUUGUAUCCUUGUUCCCCUUUGCGGGCAUUGUCAGAAACAUUGUUGUAGUACAAUAAUGUUUUGCUCAUCAACAAUGAAACAUUCAUUGUUUGGGAGUGAUUCAAAUGAGCAAUGUCCCAAUCUGACUCAUGAAGUCUUUUAAUUUGAAUUGUGAAUAUUGCAUAAUA